CAUGGAAAUAGAAACGCAAUUUUUUCUGUUAAAUAAUAAGCUAUAUGCAUCAUUCUGCAAAGUUAUCAGUUUAUAUGAAACUACUCGAAAACACCAGGUUCAAUUGUACGAAUCGUGAUUUUUUUUCAUAACCUAAAAUGUCGGAAACCUCACAUCCAUCUCGCGAUCCAAAAAAUCUCAGCGAACCAUUCGCAGUCAUCGAAUUUCUCGAGAAAAACGAAAAAGGGCUACCAUGCAUUGAUUUGGUGCCGAAAAAAUGGUUUAAUAGUGCAGAAGAAGACACCUGUAAAUUCCCACCGACAACUGAAUAUCAUCUACUUGACGACUACUUGGAAAAAUUGCACUCGCCCAAGGACUCUUGGCAAAGUUAUCCAUUUUGCUUCAUCACCGGAGCAGCUGAUUUGGAUCAGGGUCGCAGAAGAUUAAAAAAGGCCCAAGUAACUCUCAACUGUGAGACAACCGAUGGUGAAAAUGAUCGAAAGGGGGGGAGGUCCGAAACUUCCUCGAAAGCAAAAAUUUCAGCAAAACCCUUAACUGCAUCAAAGUCUCAACUAAACAACAUCUUUAGUACUAAAAUCCCGAUUCCACCUAGAAAUCAAACUCCAAAGUCUGGUAUACAAGCAAAACCAAAGACAAGAUUUCAAAGCAUUUACCAGAGUGGAUCUGACUCUGAAGACGAAAAUCAUGAUUGUCUUAUAGCUAAUCCUGAGGAGAUUCGAGCCUCAAAGGCUCAAAAUAAUUCUGGCUUUUUGCAAAUGUCGAGUAAAUCGCGAUCUGUACCAACAGGUGCAUGUUUAUCAUUUAAACAGCGGUCAAGGAAGAAUAUUACUUUGCUUAAAGACGUCGAAACUGAUGAAUCUGAGAGCAAUGAUUCCUCCGAUGGAAUUCUGCAGUCACCUACAAAAUCGAUGGACUCAGCGAGAAAUACAAGAAAAGAACUUCAUUUGACACCUCCUUCACCACUAGUCCAUAACGCUUCAGGUAACCGAAAAAGGCGUGCAUCGUCUACUACACGCGCUGAAGACGGAUUGAAUUCGAUUGUGAGCCCAGGAACUCCAAAAACUUCACGAUCAAUGAUGGUACCCCCUGCUAAGAUGCCAAAAAUGCUGGGACCACAAAACCAGUUGUCAUCUAGUCAUUAUGCUGAUAAUGAACGUCGAAUCCUGAACUCCCUUCGAGAUUACUUUGAUCAGCAAUUAGAUGAAAAGCUCGAAAAUUUAAGACGCAGGAUGGCUUACGAUUUAAAGCAGUCUAUGAAUGAGCUCAAGACCACAAUCAUUGGCACUAAUCUAGCCCCAGCUUCUGGUCCUAGCUUGCUUGAAAUACAGAAGCAGAUGUCUACGCCACUACUAUUUGAAAUGGAUGAUAAGUUCCAGGAAUACGAAGCGAUAUUGACAACGGACCCAAAUCUCGUAGAAACACUGCGAUUAUUCAUGAGAGUUUUGAUAAGCAAUAAAAAAGAGAUGAAAAUAUGUGUUUCCACUAUCCUAUCUGCGGUUCUGAGGAAGACAGUGUCACUGCACUAUUCUGGUUACGGAAAGGAAGCUGGCGGAAAGAAAAAGAAAAAUUUUUAUAACACUACAGUAUGCAAAGUACUGAUUGAUGUGAUAAUUGAGGUAAUAGGAUCCAGCACUGAUGAGAAGAAGAUAAUGUCAGAAGUAAGUACUUGGUUGUCACGUUCUGGCGAUCGAGAGGGUGGGCGUAAGGAACGACAACGCGGGUCAAGUCAUCAUAACGAGAAUAAUUCAGUUUGUUCCUUUGAUACCAAUCGAUAAUACUUCAUUUUUCCGGGAUAAAUGGAAUUGUAAAAUCACUGUGUUAAUAUGACUCCAUUAGUUCAUUUUCGUAAUUGUAUUAGUUGUGAUAUUCUUGAUAAAAGGUACGAUUAAUAGGAAAAGUUUAUAUUAUCAAUAUAUUUUUAUCGCGAGGCGUUUCAUUGGGCAGAAUAUAUAUUAAUAUAUGAAUAUUGUUUAGUAUUCGGCUGUCAUUGAAGUAUUAAUUAUAUUUAUUAUAUUUCUCCUGGCGAGGUCGGAAAUCCAGAAGAUGGAAAUAACAAUUGGAAAAUGUGAUGUAUCUUAGCAUAAUAAAGUAUUUUCUAUGUCAUUUCCUCAUAAGUUAGAUCACGGGAAUAAAUAUCCGUUGUUGGUUCAGGGAUUAAAUAUUAUGUCCAAAAGUUUAAAGGGAAAAAUAAUAAGUGGAUUUUUAAUUUUUAAGAAAAAUUCUAAUGAAAGUAAUUUCAGCCAUUGAGAGCUGUUUUCAGUAUUUGGUGAUUCAAGUCAAAUAAUAUUUAUAAGGUUGAAGUUUCACAAUCGGACUGCGUCCAUAUUCCCCAAAGAUUUCAAAUUUAAGGGUUGAAAUUAAUUAGUUAUAUGUAAUCCUAUCCAAGACUUUUUUAUAUUUCUAAGUUUGUUUGAAAGAGUGAAUAUAAUAAGCAAUAUUAUAUAGAACUAGCACACAAUCAAUGCAACUAAAUAUCAUUCUGUGUUCCGGAGUUGCAGAUGGAGAAGACAUUAUUGUAAAAAAAGGACGUCUUUCCGAGAUGAAAAAAUAAUUCUUAUCAGGAUAAUUCGUAUCAGCAAUUGUCUAUGGAUAUAAGAAUUAAUUCUUAUCAUCCAUAGCGGAAUAAAUUAUCCAUAAUAUUGCUAUUAUAAUGACUGUUUUCAUGCUUGAAUUGAAGCACGAUAAUUUAUCAAUUCUAAACUACUAAUUUAAAAAAUAACAUUGGUGCGUUAUUUUGUUGGAUAUUUUGUUAAUACAAUCUUCGAAUUCUGAAGACUGACUGCUAAUAUUAUUAGAUUGUAAGAGAGAGUUUAUUAAGACUUAAUAUGGUAUGUCGUAUUAAAUUUCGGAUUCAAAUGAUCUACGUAGAUUAUUUAUUUUAAAAGCGGAUGAAAAUAAUCCACAAAAGAUUUUUCUACAAUUUAUACCUGCAAUCAUUUUUUUGAGUUUUCAUAUUCUGUUCGCGGAAAAAUCUCAUAGUUGUGAUUAUCUUUCAUGAAAAUUGGAGAUACAAACACUGCAUAUCUUUAACUGUUCAACCAAAAUCGGAUGAAAACAUGUACUAUGUCGAUAGGAGGAAAAAAGUUUUUGAUUGGCUGAGUUUUUUUGUCAAUAGAUUUAAUAAAUUUAAAUAUAAGUUUUGUCACAUAAUAAAACUGUUUUCUGUAUAAUGUUGAAGGUAAUAAAUACAUGUCUGCUUAUCAGA